CUUGGAACCGGUGUUUUCACUUUGCGAAAUGAAUAUAAUUAAUUUAGUGGAAAAUCCAACCAAAGCGGACAUAUUUCAUUCCUAUGACAAUGGCUUGGAACAGGAAGUGCUCGUUAUCGAUAAUGGUUCAUUUAAGUGCAGGGCUGGUUGGAGUAGCAGCCCGAAUCCCUUACUGGAGUUCCGAAACAUACUCUUGAAACCAAGGAGAGAUAGAAGAAAAGAAGUGUUAGAACCUCUAGCUAACAAACAUACCCAAAUAGGAAAUGCUAUUACAAAUAUUGAAAGUGUGCGGUUAAAUCUCAAAACGCAGUUCGACCGCAAUGUUGUCACACAUUUUCAUAACCAGGAACAAAUAUUUGAUUACAUCUUUGCACAUUUGGGUGUUAAUAACGAGGAAAACUUUUCUCAUCCAGUGCUGUUGACCGAAGCUAUUGGCAAUCCAAAUUAUUUCCGCCAACAAAUGAAUGAAUUGCUUUUCGAAUGCUAUGGUAUUCCCUCUGUCUGCUAUGGGAUUGAUUCUCUUUUCAGUUGGAGGCAAAAUGCUAUAGGUGCUGACACACUUAUCAUAUCGUUUGGGUAUCAUACAAUACAUGUACUACCAGUUCUUAAUGGAAUUAUUAAGAUUGAGAAUAUGCGUCGCUUGAAUUUAGGCGGUUACCAUAUUAUUUAUUAUUUGCAUCGGCUUAUGCAGAUGAAGUACCCCAUGCAUAUAAAUUCAAUAACCAUUAGUAAAAUUGAGACAUUGUUGCAUUGUCAUAGUAGUAUAGCAUUAGAUUAUUUGGAAGCAUUGAGGCGUUGGUCUGAUAUAGACUAUUACACAGAAAAUGUAAAAAAGAUUCAACUCGCUUUCGCACCUCCUAUUGUUCAAAAUACCCUCCAGAAUCUGGAUCAAAAAAUGGAGAAACGGAAGGAAUUAACAAAACGCCUCAUUGAAAUAAACGCGCGUCGUGCUAAAAACAAGCAAUUAGAUUUGGAAAAUCAAUUACGAUUUAUGUCAAAUGUUAGAGAUCUCUACGAAUUUGGUGAAACGGAAGAAUUCGAAUCAGCUUUAAAGCAAAACAAUAUAGAAAAUUUAUCUAUGUUAGAUAAAACAAUAACCUCUCUAAAGGGACGGCUCCAACAAAUGGAAUCAACCACACAAGAUGCUUCAUUAACCGCUAGUCGUGUACAGAAAGAAAAAUCAUCUAGUUCCAAAAAACCACCAUCGGAUGUUCCCAUAGAAAAAUGGGUGUCUGAAGUUAAUUAUAAACGAGAAGAGAUUCUGCGAAGGAAAGAGUUGCGAAAAGCGCGUCGACAAGAAGCCGCGAAACGUCAUACCGCAGCGGCGCAAGAACGAAUGCGCAUUAUCUCUUUACUGGCGAAUAAUGACAAAGGUGUCGACACAUUUGGUGUGAACGACAAUGACUGGGAUGUUUAUAAAUCAAUAAACAAGGAUAACGAAAGUGACAGCGACAGUGAUAACGACAAACUUUUGGAAUAUGAAAAUAUUCUCCGACAAUAUGAUCCUUCCUUCAAGCAAUCUGCUACACAAACUACUGAUGUUGCUGAAAACUAUCAAUUGCAUUUCAGUGUUGAGUCUAUACGAGCACCAGAAGUAAUAUUCCAGCCAAGCCUAAUAGGAUGUUCUGAGAUGGGGCUUGCUGAAUUGAUUGAAUUUGUGCUCAAGUUAUUUCCAGAAGGUGAGCAGCAGCGCUUGGUUAAUAACAUUUUUCUAACAGGAGGAUGCUCACAAUUCAUAGGAUUAAAAGAGCGGCUUUCGAAAGAGUUGCGGGAAAUGCGUCCUUUCCAAACUCCGUUUCAAAUAUAUGCUGCACAAUCGCCUGAACUUGAUGCUUGGAUUGGUGCAAAAGAUUUUGCCCAUUCUAAUGUUUUUAGCGAUUCAUUGAGCUCUAAAAAGGAUUACGAAGAAAAGGGUUCGGAUUAUUUUAAAGAACAUUCAUACAGUAAUAGGUAUUACGCUAAUAUGUAAUACAUUCACUUUUUCACAAAUAAAAUAAUGUAAAAAAUAUUUCACAUUAUACAAAUAAAAUAAUAUAAAAAAUAUUUAAAAUUACA